AUGACUACGAUUGAUUCAAAUUGGAAAUUAAAUAUUUUUUCUCAACUAAAAGAACAUAAUCGCCAAUGGAACGUAUAUGGAAGCAUUAUAGAAGAUUAUAAUCAUAUUUUGGAAAAUAAUACUAUUCAACAAGUUCAAUGUAUUAAACUUGAAAAAGAUGUUUAUCAUUUACGUUUAGCUAAUGCUGAUUUACAAAAAGCAGCUGAAGCAAGUCAAGAAUUAGUAACUGUUAAUAAUAAAUUAAGCAAAGCCAAUGAAGAAGUAAUUACACAUUUACGAGAGAAAAGUGAAUUUGCUCGAGAAGUUCUUCGAUUAAAUCAUUUACUAACAGAUGUAAAUGAAAAAUUCAUUAAAGAAGAAAUAAAAGCUCAACAAUAUAAAAAUGAAAAUGAUGAAUUACAUGAAAAAUUAAAAAUAGCAGAAUUUCAAAUCAAUGAACUUGUACAAGUUAAUGAAGUACUUCGAGAUGAAUUUCAAGCUAUUAAAAAUAAUGUCGGUCAAUUACAUACAGAUUAUAAUCAAAUGAAACCAACUUGUUUGGAACUUGAACAACAAUUACAAACAGCUCAACAAAUAAAUAAACAAAUUGAAGUUGAAUUAAUAUUAUAUAAAAAUCAACAAGCUACUAUGCAUGAUCUUGAAAGUGAACAAUUUAAUAACAAAGAUCAUAAAAAAGUCGAAGUACAGAAACUAACUGAAUCAAGUAUCUUUUUUGAUGAUGAUAUAGUUAUUGUUCCUUCAAUUAAACAUUCAUCUGAUUCACAUCAAAAUACUUUCAUUAAUUCAGAUUCAUUUGGUGACAAUUAUAAUUCAAUGAAUUAUUCUUCUCAUGAAUCAUUACAUCGAGAAAGGAAAAAUAGUAUGCAUGGUUUGAGUAAUGGUGGUGGAAAUUUAUUGAAAAAUUUUAUGCGUAAAUUUUCAAAUGGAAUGACUAAUAGUACAAAUGAUAGACUCUAUCGAACAUCGACAAGUUGUCUAUUGGCUUCUAUUCCAACACGUGUUAUAACUCAUUGGGAUUGUACUGAACUUGAAGUAUAUGCUCUUCAAUUUCAACCAUCUGGCUCAAUAUUAGCAACAGGAUGUAGUGACAAAAUGAUUCAUUUAUGGGAAAUUUCAUCAACCGGUCAACAAAGUAAAUAUUGUUCACUUCAAGGUAGUCAUGGAGCAAUCAAUGCACUUGAUUUUGAUAAUGAAGGAUUUCGCCUUGUGGCUGGAUGUUCUGGUGAUAAAGCAUAUAUUUGGUCAUAUGGAGAACAAAAAAUGCUUAAAGAUACAUAUACUGGUCACGAACGUUUAAUAUAUACUUGUAAAUUUAUUUCUAGAACAAAACUAGUAACGGGUAGUGCCGAUCGAACAAUAAAAAUAUGGGAUUUAAAUGGUCGACACUGCAUAGAAACUUUAUUUGCUGGAUCAAAAUGUCAUGAUUUAGUAAUAACAGAUGCAACUGGUACAAUAAUAAGUGGUCAUUUUGAUAGAAAAAUACGUAUAUGGGAUCCAUUUACAAAUAAAUGUCGAACUGAAUUUAAAUAUGAUGCAGCAAUUACGUCAUUAUCAUAUAAUGAUGAAAAACAACAAUUGCUUGCAUGUUUCAAAGAUGAUACACUUAAAUUAAUUGAUUUAAGACAAAAUAAAACUAUUUAUACAUUUAAACAUGACAAUUUUAAAGUAAGCACAGAUACAAACAAAGCUGUUUUAUCACCCGAUGGUCGUUAUGCUUGUGUUGGAUCUCAAGAUGGUUCUCUAGUAGUAUGGAAUAUGGACAAUCAACAUUGUGAAAAUGUUCUGAAACAAAAACAUAAUACAAUGGUCACAUCGAUUGCUUGGCAACCUGAUGGAAAAUAUGUUGCAUCUUGUGAAAAACAUCGUCAAGUGAUUCUUUGGAGUCAAUGA